AUGGGUUUUACAACAGAUUGUGGAAAUUUUCAUAACGUGUCAUUAGGUCAAGGCCAAGAGAUUGUGGCUGAACAAGCAAUGGAUGAGUCUCUUCAGAAGGGACAUUGGGUUGUGUUGCAGAAUAUUCAUCUGGUAAAGAAAUGGCUUCCCAGUCUUGAAAAGAAAAUGGAAAGUUUUGCAGGUGGUUGUCAUCCUGACUUUCGUCUCUUUAUGUCAGCUGAACCCGCGGCCACUCCUGCUGCACAUAUCAUCCCACAGGGUAUACUGGAGUCAAGCAUCAAGAUUACUAAUGAACCUCCAACAGGAAUGCAGGCUAAUUUACAUAAAGCACUGGAUAAUUUCAAUCAAGAAACACUCGAAAUGUGUGGCAAAGAAGCCGAAUUUAAGGCUAUUCUUUUCGCUCUGUGUUAUUUUCACGCCGUCGUUGCUGAGAGAAGAAAGUUUGGUCCUCAAGGGUGGAAUAAAAUAUAUCCAUUCAAUGUUGGCGACCUCACAAUAAGCGUGUUUGUAUUAUAUAACUACUUGGAAGCUAACUCUAAAGUCCCUUGGGAAGACUUGCGGUAUCUGUUCGGUGAAAUAAUGUAUGGUGGUCACAUAACGGAUGACUGGGAUAGACGAUUGUGUAAUGCUUACCUUGAAGAAUUAAUGCAACCAGACUUGGUUGAUGGAGAACUUCAACUGGCUCCCGGUUUUCCAGCUCCACCAAACACAGAUUAUUUAGGUUAUCACCAGUACAUAGAGGAUGCAAUGCCACAAGAAUCCCCAUAUUUAUAUGGUCUCCAUCCGAAUGCAGAAAUCGGAUUUUUGACGACAACUUCUGAAAAUUUAUUCAGAACAAUAUUUGAAAUGCAGCCAAGGGACGCUCAAGCAUCUGGUGCUUCAACUGUAACGAGGGAAGAUAAGGUAAAGCAAAUGCUAGAUGAAGUAAUGGAGAAAUUACCUGAAGAAUUCAAUAUGGUGGAGAUAAUGGGAAAAGUCGAGGAAAGGACACCCUAUGUCAUAGUUGCCUUUCAAGAGUGUGAGCGAAUGAAUCAUUUGACUGGAGAAAUGAAGCGAUCACUAAGAGAACUAGAUUUGGGCUUAAAAGGUGAAUUAACGAUUACUUCAGACAUGGAAGAGUUAGAAAAUGCUCUAUUCUUAGAUCAGGUACCUGCUAUAUGGGCAAAUAGAGCGUAUCCUUCCCUUCUCGGUUUAUCUGCAUGGUUUGUGGAUCUCCUUCUUCGUUUGCGUGAGUUGGAAACUUGGGCUACUGAUUUUGUUUUACCAAUGUCCGUCUGGUUGGGAGGUUUUUUCAAUCCUCAAAGUCUGUUGACUGCCAUUAUGCAGAGUACUGCUCGCCGAUACGAACUUCCACUGGAUAAGAUGUGUCUCCAAUGUGAUGUUACUAAGAAGAUGAAAGAGGAUUUCACUAUAGCUGACACUCGUUGCGCGCCGCGUGAUGGAGCUUAUGUUCAUGGUCUCUUUAUGGAAGGCGCUCGCUGGGAUGUGCACGCUGGCAUCAUCAUGGACUCCAGGCUUAAAGACCUAUUCCCUCCCAUGCCAGUUAUCAACGUGCGGGCAAUAACCCAGGACAAACAGGACAUGCGCAACAUGUACGAGUGUCCCGUGUAUAAGACCCGCACCCGGGGUCCGACGUAUGUUUGGACCUUUAACCUCAAGACGAAAGACAAGCCCUCCAAGUGGACGCUCGCCGGCGUCGCCUUGUUACUACAGACAUGA